CAGGAACAGCCGAGAAACUACUUAGAUUGGAGCCUUGAUGGAAGCGCAGAGCCUUGAUGGGGAUCCAAGGCUUGCUUCCCUUCCUGAAGUCCUAUGUCAAGAAGAAGCACAUCGAGGAGUUUCAUGGAACAACCAUUGGGGUUGAUGCAAUGUGCUGGAUGCACAAGGGUGCAUAUGCCUGCUCUCGAGAACUCGUCAUAGGCCAAGACACAGACAAAUUUGUUCGAUUCUUCUUGAAGAUGUGCGAGCUCUUGCGAUACUACCGGAUCAAGCCCAUCAUUGUCUUUGACGGGGAGAAGUUACCUGCCAAGGCCAAGGAGGAUCAGAGACGUAACCAAGUCCGUGAAGAAUCACGGCUAAAAGCCUUGGAGCUCAUGCAACGCAAGGAGUCCGGUGAAGCCGUGGAGGAGCGAGAAGUGGCCAGCAAGUGUGAGAUGGCCAUCAAGGUGACCAGCUCGAUGAUUUCCAGGUUGCAAAGUGCAUUGAAGGAGCUGUCCAUUGACUUUCUCGUAGCUCCGUACGAGGCCGAUGCCCAGUUGGCGUACAUGUGUAGACAGGGUUGGAUCACCACUGCCAUUUCUGAAGAUAGCGAUUUAUUGGCCUACGGAUGUCCAUCCACCUUCUUCAAAAUGGACAAAUAUGGGAACGGCGAACACAUCGCUUUGCCCUGCUUGCAAGUGGAUCAUGCAGGCUCGGAGGCUGACAAGCUGGACGCACCCCUCGUCCCCAAGGUGAAAAAGCCGGAGAAAGGCAAGAGGGGGAAGAAGCAAUCGGCGCCAAAGGAAAAAAGUGAAGAAGGAGCUCCUGACGAGGAAGGUGAAUCCAAAGCAGGAGCAGCAAAAGGAAAGAACAAAGGGGAUGAGAUGCAGGUACAGUCCAAUCUCAACUGUUGGUCUCCAGAGAAGUUUGCAGAGUUUUGUGUUUUUUGCGGAACCGACUACAAGGAGCCUGACACGAACAUCAAGAAGUUUGGUAUCAAAACAGCUUUUACACUGAUGUGUACCCACUCUACGGCGCGGGGUGUGAUCAAUUGGAUGGCAGAACAGCAGAAGUUUCAGGACCGGCUCCCUUGCAAAGGCAGUGAGUACAUGUCUCGUUUUGAAAGAAUCAUUGCUGUCUUUUGGCACCACGUAGUCUUCAAUCCCAAGCGUGGAGAGUGCACCUCCAUCGCGAGCUCUUUUCCUUUGACAGCAGCCUAUCGCGUGUUGGAAGACUUAAAUCUGGAGGAGGUUUGCGGAGUUCGCUUUGGUCGGGAGAUCGCUUUACAGGUGGCGAAGGGUGAGUUGGAUCCGCGAAGUCGACAAGUGAAGACCUUAGAGCCCUUGAGCUUUGCGGAACGUCGGGCCAUUGAUUUCCUCCUCGCAGAGAAGCGCUCCGAGCAAAUGGACUAUCGAGUGAAGGUGGCUCUAGAGGCUGAAGAGGCCAAGCGACAGGCAGAGGUCGAGCAAGACCAUUCGCUUCGUGAAAUUGAACAAGAAGAAGUGAAUCAAGUCGUAGAACCAAGUCAGAAGGAUGCUGCUCAAGAGAAUCAGGACAGAGAACUGCGCUUGUUGCCAGGAGACUUGAGGAAGCUGAUGGAAAUUCGGAAUGCAUUGAAAAAGAACAAGGUUGAAGAAUCGAAGCCGGAGCCUGUGGAAAACCACAAGUCCAAGAAUCCAUUUGCCAAGAAACGCGUUGCCACACCCUGCCACAGUCGCACUCCAAGUGUUCCCAUUCCCAUGGUCAAACGUGCCCGUGCCGUGACACCUCCAUCGGUUCCACAGACUCCACUGAUUCCGCCAGAAGGGCAGCGGUUGAAGGAUAUAGCUGCACAUCCCAGAGGUGGGUCCGGAGCCAAAGAAGCAGCAUAUGCUGUGCUGAUACAAAGGGGCUUCGCACCACAGCUGGAGGAUAAAGAGAAAGCAAAGCUGAAAUACUUUUUUGGUUCAAAGAAGACAGAUGCCCCAAGGCAAGAAGAAAAAGUGGAAAGCAAGCUGGCAGGCUGGAAGCCACGGUCAUGGGAGGAGGACGAAGACGAAGAAAGGUCCACCGUGGGCCGCAAUGUGCUUUCAAUUCGAAAUGGCAACAACGGGCUAUGGCGAAAGUCGUGGACUUGAUUUUCAGAGCGGUUCUUGGUUUGCAAAGCAAACCUCAAAAAUACUACAGGUAUCAACCUGUAGAUAUCUUGGGGAUGGGGAUAUAGCAUCAAUCGUGGACGCACAAACAACUCGACAAACUGAA